AUGUCUAACGCCCUGUCAUUCCUAAAGAAGCUCCGCCGGGCUCAAAUCGAGGAUCUCGCGGAAGCCGCCGGUUUCGAAGAGAGCUCGGAGUAUUCGAACAAGAACGCGCUCGCAGAAGAUCUCGACAAGUAUCUGCAAGAUAAUCGCUCCAUCUUGGUGGAUAUCCCUGCGCUGAAGGAAUAUUGGGCCCGCGCUCUGGCGACAUCGCCCGCGCGCUUUACCUCGCCGGUCAAGAGAGCCGUUGAGGUGGAUGUCACGCCUGCUCCCAAGAGAGGCAGAGGCACGCCUGCGCCGAAGCGAGCCACGCCUGCAUCGACGCGUCGCGCGCUCCCUGAGCCACAAUUGAAGCAGGAGGUUGAAGCGACGACGGAUGACUCGGAUCACUCGGAUGAGCCAACACCGAACAAACCUGCUCCUCCUGUUCUCGCCGCGGUAACUCCAUUGCAACCUACAUUCAGCGUGCAGCCCCCCCUACCUCCGUCGCCUGCUGUAGUCACGGAUGCGAUUGAUCAGCAAACGGCGGUAUGGCGCAAGAACAUCCACGAUGCUUGGACUGAAUCGGGCGUGCAGGAGCGCUCUAACGCCUUGCGCUCGAUUCUGAGCAACGUGCAGGCUGUUGAGACCAUCGUGCUGGCCAUUGAAGGAUUCAGCAUCAUCAAGGAACUCGUUCCGCUGCGCUUUCUGACGAAUGUGCCUGCUAUUGAGGCUAUUCACUCACCGGAAUUCCCACUCAAGGUGCCCGAUCUGUUCAUGCUUGUGGAUGGAGCAUUCUGGGCCCCCUUCUCGCUGUGGCUGCUUACGAGUUUGCUCCUUCCCUUGACAGUUGCCUACUUCUUCAACAUCAGUCUGCAUGUCGCGCAGUCCAGCGGUGGUCCCACGCACAACACGCGCAGGAUCCGCGCCGCGCAUGCCAGCUUUGAUCCCUUGAGCUUCAACAUCGCCAAGGCCUUGAUCUCUUACCUGGUCUAUGCCACCCGCUUCACCUUCUGGAAUGUGUACAGCACUUUCUCCAUUGUCAAGGUGAACCAGUCAGUCCCCGGCCGCUGGCCAGGCUUACUUACUGGUGCUGCAAUCGGUACUGUUGGCACUCUGUAUGAAGCCAUUCUCCGCAAGUAA